GAUUGUUUGUUUUGCAACUAUGAAUAAGGAACACAAAAGCUAUGAAUAACAAGGAAGAAGCUAAUAACUAAUAAGACAAUAAUGGUUAAGUUGGAUUUUCCGAAAUCGAGAUUCAGCUUAUUGCAAUUUGGAUAACCAAGUAAAAGAACCGUGAUUUACAAAUCACAAACCGAGUAAACCCUACUUUGGUAAAUACUAAAAGUAAAAACUAAAAAACUAAAGUAAACCAUGGGUGAGCGGGGCGUCACGAUCAGAUUCGGAUUGGAUAUUUUCGGUAUCAUGUAUUUUGGUUUAUAGAUUUUGAUAUUGAUCUGGAUAUUUUUUUUAAAAAAUUGGUUCAGUCAAGACGGUUGGGAUAUUUGUUUCAAAAUAAAAAUAAUUGCGUGCUUUCAUUUUUUUUAUAUCUAACUGUAUCCCAAUCUUUUGAAAAUAAGCAAAAUAUUCAGAAUGCUUAAAACAACUGAUUUUUGAAUUAUUUAAAAUACAUAAUAGUUAAUUUUAUAAAUAAAAGUUUAAAUAUUGAAUAAUAAAUAUUAGUAUAAAAAUAUAUAUACACAUUAAUAUUCCAGGUAAAUAUUUAAUUUUAAAUAUAUUUUGUAUUUUUUUUUUUGUAACCAAAAUAUAUUUUGUAUAUCUGUAAAUUUUGGUGUAAGUUUAAUUUUUUGAAUAUAGAAGCCAAGUUUUGUUCUAAGAGUUUAGUAAGAUAUUUAAAAUUUGCAUCAUAUUCGGAUCGGUUCUUACAAUCCAUAUAUAUUUAAUAAAAAACUGUUUUAAGUUGGAUCGAUGUAAAAAUGAUAUAAUUCGAUAAAAUAAUUAAAUAAUAAUAUCAAAAAAAGUAUUAGCUAAAUAUAUGAUCUUAUUAAAACAUAAAUUAACAAUUACUAUAUAUGUAUAGUUUUAUACAAACAUAUCCAAUGCAUUUCUUUGUUUAUUUUUCUGGAAUGAAUUUCAUCUCUUUUUUCAUUUCAAUAUUUUGGUGGUACUUUAUUGAAUUAUUAUAAAAAUAUAUUUGUAUUAUACCGUACGUAUUCAACAUACUCAAAUAUAUCAAAUAAUCUAUUAUUAUAAAUAGAUAAAAUUCAAAUCUAUAAAUCAACUAAAAUAUGAAAUUUUAAAAUAAAAUAUUCUUUUCAUCCUUUUUAAUAAAGUAUAGUUUAAAACAUAAAUCUAAAAAGUAAAUAUUUAAACUAAUAAUUUUAUAAACUAAUAUAUAUUAUCAUUUUUCUACCAUUAUUAAUUUAUAAAAAAACUACCGUAUAAAGAACAAAUCAAAUCCAAAAAAACGUCUAACCAAACCAAACCAAACCCGAAUUCAACACCCUUCGCCUACCCGGUUAAGAGUUCUGUAUGCAUUGGGCCGAGUCCAAAAUUUUACACGCUGUCUUACGCCUACGCGGACAGUACUUGCUCCGGCUGCUAGAUCUGAAAGUAGUUGUAGAGACAAGACAAGUGAUGUGAUCGGUUUAAGCUAAAACAAGAAAACAGCUUCACUUCUUGCAAAUCGCCAACUCUUUGACAAAAAAGAUGGGAGCGCAACAAUCUACACAAGUGGGAGACGAUGAAGAAGAAGAAGAGGAACAAACAGAUGGUGAAGAAGAAGAACAAGAAGACGAUAACAGCAGAUCGAAUCCAAGAGAGCUAGACAACCUCCUAGUGAAGAGAGUUCUCGAGCAAGAGCCAGAGAUGCUACCUUGCCACGCUUCAGCCUCGCCGCUCUCUCCACAGCUAUCAUCUCUCGGAACUCCACGGAUCGGCCCUUCCAUCAAAGUCUGGGAUCCUUACAACGUCCUCGCUCCUUCUCCUCCUCCUAUCUUCUCCCGACUCGCCUCCGGAGACGAAGAUCGUGCUGUUACCGAGGUUUAUCUCAUCAGCCACGGUGAGUGCGAUCUCAAUCUUAGGCCUGAUCUUGUCGGAGGGAGAUGCCACGUCGCUGCCCUCACCGCUAAUGGUGAACGCCAAGCUAGGGCUCUUGCUGUGUUCUUUAAAUCACAGGGUGUUCGGUUUACUUCGGUUUACUCCUCGCCUUUGGAUCGAGCUAGAUCCAUGGCUGUUUCGGUUUGCCAGGAAAUGAGUUUUCCAGAGGAGCACGUACAAUCCUCAGACGCACUUAUAGAGAUGAGUCUAGGAGAUUGGGAAGGUUGCAAUCAAUCAGAGAUUUACAAUCCUGAAACUCUGAGCUUGAUCGAAAGAUGUCAGCCUGAUUUCUCAGCUCCUUCCGGAGAAUCACUCAGACAAGUGGAGUUCCGCAUGGUUCAGUUUCUAAACGGGACAGUCUCAGGACUUGCAGAGAAGAUCAGGUCAGAUCACAGUGAAACACAUGAGCGUUAUGGUACGUCGACCAACUGGGACUUGCUUCACAAGCAUCGUCCAAGUCUUACAAGGAAGAAAUCAGGCAAAAGCAGGCUUCAGGUGAUGACCAAUCACGAGCUUGAGGAUGGAGUAUCCCCAAGGGAUGAUGUUAAUCAUAACCACAUUGAUAUGAGUGAUUCUUCUUCUUCUUCCUUGGUAUCGAGUUGCGUUGGGGUUUUCACGCAUUCGUUGCCUAUAAAGUGUCUUCUGACCGGAGUCCUCGGGUGCAGUCCGGUAAUGACUCAUAAGAUGUGUGUGGAGGACUCUUCCGUGACUGUGUUGCAGCAUUCUUGGAGAAAUGGGUGGCAGAUCAAACGAAUGAAUGAUACUGCUCAUCUUAGAUUGUUGUAGUUUGAAAAAAAAAAUUAUUUACUGGUAAAAAAAGUUUUCAUAUGUAUACAAUGAUGAAUCUGUGGUAAGUUCAAGAACAAAGGUUAUGCACUUAUGCUGAUGACAUGCCACGGCCUCUUCUUUGUAAUGUUUGUUUUGAAACUAUGGAAAAAAAAUAUUCAUUGAGUUUGA